AUGUUCGGAACUCGAAGGUUACUUGUUUCGCGAUCGCUUUCGCGCCAAUUCGUUCGGGCUUAUUCGGAGGCUGCAGCCGCACAGCCGGCUCCACCAGCAUUACUUCUCGCUUUAAGACAAGAUCUAAAAACUGCUAUGAAAGCGAAGGAUAAAGAAAAGCUCAAUGUCGUCAAAGCCAUCCUUGCGGAAAUCUCAAAUGCUGGUAUGGCUCAGCCACCUAGGCCUGUGAAGAAUGACAUGGAUAUACUCAAGAUUCUUCAAUCGAUGGAGAAAAAGCACAAUGUUGCGAUCGACUCUUUCAAAACCGCGGAAAGACAGGACCUAGUCGACAAGGAACAGCUUCAAUUGGAUGUUGUCAAGGAAUAUUCUGGUCGAGUCGAGGUCCUGGCGCCUGAAAAGAUAGCUGAGAUAGUGGAUGAGGUUGUUGCAAAAUUGAAGCAAAAGGACAAUUUCGUUUUGAAUAUGGGAAUGAUAAUACGGGAUGCAACCGCCAGAAUUGCAGAACUCGGUGGUAAUGCGAGUGGAGCAGAGAUCUCUGCUGCGGCGAAGAGGGUGGUCGAUGCUGAGAAGGCCCAAAAUAAAUCGUAA